AUGAGUUACUGUCCUCAGACAUCAUCCGAAAACCAGAGUGCCAGUGUCGAACCUGCUAAUGAAUAUCUUGGUUCUACAAGUAAACAUUUGUUUUGGUUUGUACAUGUGACGGAUCUUCACAUAACACGUUUUGGGCAUGAAGAACGUGCACAGCAAUUUGAAAAGUUUUGUACAGAAAUUAUUAUCAAUUUAAUCAAACCACCAGUUGUUGUCGUGACGGGUGAUUUAGUUCAUAAUCGUGAUAAUCGAUUUGGCUCUGAACAAUAUCAGGACGAAUGGAUUAGAUACAAUGAAAUAUUGAAACGAACAAAAGUUACAAAUUAUACAGCAUGGCUUGACAUACGAGGCAAUCAUGAUGCUUUUAUGGAUCCAGAACCGGAGUCAUUCAAAAGUUAUUAUCGUCAAUAUUCUCAUCAGGGUCCGAAUCAUCCUUCAUCAUAUCAUUAUGUUUAUAAAACAAAUGAAAGUGACCAAUAUAGUUUCAUUGGAGUCGAUAUGUGUCCAAAACCAGGUGCCGGUAGACCUUUCAAUUUUCUCGGACAGAUAACUAAAUCUGAAAUGCGUCAUUUAUCCACAUUAAUUGAAGAAGCUCAAACAUCAAAUGCAACAAUAUUUUUCGGUCAUUAUCCUUUGUCAUUUACCUAUUCUUCAACAUCACCGGGUAUACAACAUAUAAUGAAAAACGCACUUGUCUAUCUAAAUGGACAUUUACAUGCGGGUAUCCCUCAUCUAUAUGCUCGUCAUUCAAGUGGACUACUUGAAUUGGAAUUAGCUGAUUGGAAAGAUCAUCGUCGAUUUCGUCUAGUGACAAUUGAUGGUGGUAUAUUAGCGUUUACUGAUUUUCAAUAUGAUAAACCAAUUUAUGCUGCUAUCACAAAUCCAAAAGCAGCAAAAUUUAAAACACCACGAGAACCACUUUAUAGACUUAAACAAUCAACUUAUAUCAGAAUACUCAUAUUUGCUAAGCAUCAAAUUAUUGACGUUCGUGUACUGAUCGAUUCCAAAUUUAUCGGACAAGCAAAAAGUUCUAUUGAUAAUCCAAAUUUAUUCAUAUUACAGUGGAAUACAAGUUUAUAUGACCAGGGCAUACAUGAAAUGAUUGUAGAAAUAAAAGAUAAUCAAAAUAAUGUAGAAACAUUAACCGAAGAAUUUACAUUGACAACAUCAACAAUAACCGCAUGGACUCGAUCGAAACUUGUUCUACUCGCUGAUUGGCCAACAUUCGGUAUUAUUGUUUUAUUGUUGUCCCUGUGUGCGUAUAUUGCCGUAUUGGUAUGGUCUCGAUAUCGUGCAAGAAGAAUGCCGAGUAAAGAAUAUUCAAUUCGACCUUGUUGUCCAAGUUGUUUCAGUUUAUGGAAUGGUGUUCGUCAACGUAUGAUGUUACUUUCUUCGGUCAAUAUGAUGUAUUAUUCAUUGCUUGGAUUAGCCGUCUAUCAUUUUAUUGGGCCAUGGUACAUUGGAUACUUGACUCAAGGCUAUUUUGGUGCUGUCUUUUGUUGGGGUACAGUGAUUCAUGGUAUUUAUCUCCGUCCUGAUAUGCAGUUAUAUACAGGCACUAUAGGACUCUAUCUAUUUUUAUUUCCGUUAACAUUUUCUCUGGCAUCUUCGGUCUAUUAUCGUUAUACUCACUUACAUACAAGUACAAAUAUGACUCAAACGCGUUUACAAAAAAGUUAUCGAAUAUUAACUGUUUAUGGAAUAUUCGGUUAUGCAAUAUUAUUUGUACUAAUGUGGUCAUUUGUUACAACAGCGUCCUAUAGUCUAGGCUGGAUAUUAUCACCAUUUGGACUAUCUCUAGUGACAUUCUCAUUAUUUUUAUUUUACAAAUCAAACAAAUUAGAAUUAAAUCAAUUCCAACUGUUAUCUAAAAGAACAAAUGGAAAUAGUGAUGAUAUGCAUGAACCAAUUAUUCACCCAAUAGGUAUGCAAAGCCUAUUGUAUACUCUCGAAUGA